CGCGAGCAGCCCCGCCCCCGCCGCGCGCCACCCUGGAGGAGUCCGUGGGAAGGAGGAGGCUCGCGCGCAGAGCGGGGGCCGCGCGGAGCGGGAAGGAGCGCGGGGAGAGGUAGGGCCCGGCUAGCCCAAGGGCGCCCUCGCCUCGGGCCCGUGACAGAGGCCAAGAAGUUUGGUUGCUAGGGGCCCAGCGCCCCGGGGUCGCGGGGGCCGCAGUUAGGGCAACGGGGAGAGCAGAACCAUGGGGGCGAGCGCGGAGGCGACGAGGCGCGCAACUAGCUCCUGGAGCGGCACGGCCGCGGCGGCGCAAAGUUAGCCCGGCGCCCCGGGACGAGCGCCGCAGCCUGGGCCAUGGGCGAGCACCCCAGCCCCGGCCCCGCAGUGGCCGCCUGCGCCGAGGCAGAACGCAUCGAGGAGCUGGAACCCGAGGCUGAAGAGCGACUGCCCGCCGCGCCAGAAGACCACUGGAAAGUCCUGUUUGAAAAGUUUGACCCUGGGAGCACCGGCUACAUCAGCACAGGAAAAUUCCGGAGCCUCCUGGAGAGCCACAGCUCUAAACUGGACCCACACAAAAAGGAGGUGCUCCUGGCUCUGGCGGACAGUCACGCAGAUGGACAGAUCUGCUACCAGGACUUUGUCAACCUGAUGAGCAACAAACGUUCCAACAGCUUCCGCCAGGCCAUCCUUCAGGGAAACCGCAGGCUGAGCAGCAAGGCCCUGUUGGAGGAGAAGGGGCUGAGCCUCUCACAGCGGCUCAUCCGCCAUGUGGCCUACGAGACUCUGCCCCGGGAGAUUGACCGCAAGUGGUACUAUGACAGCUACACCUGCUGCCCUCCGCCCUGGUUCAUGAUCACAAUCACGCUGCUGGAGGUUGCCCUUUUCCUGUACAACGGGGUCCUACUGGAUCAGUUUGUGCUGCAGGUGACACAUCCUCGGUACCUGAAGAACUCUCUGGUUUACCACCCGCAGCUCCGCGCGCAGGCUUGGCGCUACGUGACGUACAUCUUCAUGCAUGCAGGGGUGGAACAACUGGGACUCAAUGUGGCACUGCAGCUGCUGGUAGGAGUACCCCUGGAGAUGGUGCAUGGAGCCACCCGAAUUGGGCUUGUCUACGUGGCUGGUGUUGUGGCAGGCUCCUUGGCGGUGUCUGUGGCUGACAUGACUGCACCGGUUGUGGGCUCUUCCGGAGGGGUGUAUGCGCUCGUCUCUGCCCACCUAGCCAACAUUGUCAUGAACUGGUCAGGCAUGAAGUGCCAGUUCAAGCUGCUGCGGAUGGCUGUGGCCUUGAUCUGUAGGUCUUAUGUAGUCCAUGUUUGCCUUGAACUCAAUAGCCAAGGAUGGUUUUGAACUUUCGAUCUGUCUUUCUUCACUUCUGAAGUGCUGGGGCUAAAGCUUCUGUCGCCACACUGGUUUUUAUACGAAGCUGGGAUUUGAGGAGCUGGGCAAACACUCUUACCAACUGAGCCACAUUGCCCGGACCCUUCCUGAAUUAAAAAAAUUUUUUUUUCUAUGUGUAUGUUUUAUCUGUCUGUAUGUCUGUGAACCACAUGUAUGUCUUGUACCUAAGGAGGUCAGAAGAGGGUGUCAGAUCCCCUAGAACUUGAAUGAUACAGUUAGAAGCCACCAUGUGGGCACUGGGAAUUGAACCCCGGUCCUCUGCAAUAGCAAGAAGUACUCUUUUUUUUUUUUUUUUUUUUAUAAGUGAACAUUUUCUUUCUUUCUUUUUUUUUUAAAGAUUUAUUUAUUUAUUAUAUAUGAAUACACUGUAGCUGUCUUAGACACACCAGAAGAGGGCAUUGGAUCUCUUUACAGGUGGUUGUGAGCCACCAUGUGGUUGCUGGGAUUUGAACUCAGGACCUCUGGAAGAGCAGUCGGUGCUCUUAACCGCUGAGCCAUCUCUCCAGCCCAGCAAGAAGUACUCUUAACCACUGAGCCAUCACUCAUAGCCUCAUUUCUUAAACUUUUUAUAGGCAUAAAGCAUGUGAGUGAAAAAGUACAGUGACCAGUGGGGUCAAGAAAAAUUACCUGAAUGUCCCUUUCAGGUUAUGAAUGUGACAUUUUGGAAGUGUGUGUUGCACAUGCACUUGUGUGUGCAUGCACAUUUAAGCUUACUGACUUUUCAGGCUGUAGACAUGGCUCAGAGGUUAAGAGCUGCAGAGGACCUGGGUUCAGUUCCCAGCACCCACAUAACAGUUCACAUCUGUCUAUAACUCUAGGUCCAGGGAAUCCAAAACCUUCCUUUGGACCCUGUGGGAAUUGCCCAUGCCUGGUGUGCUUACUUAUGUGCAAGCAAAGCACUCAUACACAUAAAAGUAAAGAACUUUCCUUUUUAAAAACCUUGCAGUCUUGCCUGAUGGUGCAACAUGUCUAUAUGAUCAUAGCACUUUGGGAAGCUGGGGUCGAACCUUUGAAAAAUUCAUUUAUUCACUUUUAUGGGCAAGGGCGUUUUGCUUGCAUGUAUGUCUGUGUACCAUGUGCAUGCAGGGCCAAGGCAGACCAGAAGGGGACAAUCAGAUUGCCCUGGAAUAAGUUACAGACAGCUGGGAGCCAUCAUGUGGGUGCAGGGAAUCUGAAGAGCAGCCACAGUAGGUGAGCGUUGAUAGCGCACACCUUUAAUCCUAGUACUUGGGAGGCAGAGGCAGCCAGGUCUACAGAGCAAGCUCCAGAACAGCUAGGGCUACAGAGAGAAACCUUAAACCAAACAACAACAAAAAAGAGCAACAUUACUCUUAACUGCUAAGCUAUCUCUCCAGCCCCAAGCGGAUUGAAGUUUGAAGCCAAUCUGGACUACAGAGUAAAAUAUCGUCUCAGGCUGCUCCCCAGCCCCCGCCACUUUCCUUUCUGUUUUAGUAGAGGCAUCUUGUAGUGAUGCCUAGAUGUAGCUUGGGCUGGAACUGAAGUCAAGACAAGUCAGUUCUACUGAUUGAGGUGCCUAGACCUAAAGACGGGCACUACUCAGCAACUGACCAAGUAUCAGAGGGCAUGUCUUAAUCUUCGUGGUGCACGCCUUUAAUCCCAGCACUUGAUAGGCUAAGGCAAGUGGAACUCUGUGAGUUCAAGGCCAGCAUGGUCUACAUGGCCAAUUCCAGGCCAGCCAUACAUAGUGAGGCUCUGUGUAGCUGGUCUUUGCUGCUUUGAGGGUUCUUUUUCCAACCCUUUAUGCCCCCUCCACGGUUUCACCCCCUGUGUUGCAAGACAUUUGAUCACACUGUGAACCCAGAGCUUGGGUUAUUUACUGGAAAACCCUGCUUCUAAUUGCUUCGUGGCUCAACCUCUAGCACACUCCUUUAAUCCUGAACAACAAAGGUAAAGUUAGUUUGCAGAAGGAAGCACCUCUGUUUGAAAGGGAUGUCCAAUUGAGUGUCAGACAAAAGGACGAACCAGAGAAAGACUUGACAGGAUAGAAUAUGCCCAACUCUCGAGAGAAGAGAGGAAAGAGAGGAAAAAGGGAAGAGACAGUUUUACCAGGGACAGUUGUACAGAGACAGGUUGCAGAGGAACAAGCCAGACACAGGUGAAGACAGAACGAGCCGUAGAAUGAGAAGGAGCCGGAAGAUUAGAAUAGAUUGCCAGAGCAGAGCAAAGAGUCUGUCUCAGAGAGAGAGAGAGAGAGAGAGAGAGAGAGAGAGAGAGAGAGAGAGAGAGAGAGAGAAUGAAUCCCUGAAUCUAAUUUUGUCUUGUUUCUUCUCUGAGCAAGACUAUAACAAACCACUAUCAGGGCUGUAUCAGGAGUAUAUCAUUUAUAUACCUUCUGACAUGUUCCCAGAAUUCCAAAUGCCACACAACCGCAGAAACUAUCUGCAGCUGUCAAAUCCACACCUCUGCUAGAGCUUGAGGCAAAUCAUAGUCAGCUGCUGUGAACAGUCAGAAGCAACCCCAUUCCUACACCUGAGAAUAAAACAGAAACACUUUCUAAUACUAUUUCUGUGGUUCUUGCAUAUAGUUCAUUUUUAUCUUAUGUACAUUGGUGUUCUGCCUGCAUGCAUGUCUGGAUGAGGUAUUGGAUCCCUGGCUCAGGAGUGACAGAGGUGAGCUGCCAUGUGGGUGCUGGGAAUUAAAUGCAGGUCCUCUGGAAGAGCAGCCAGUGCUUGUUAAAAAAAAAAAGAAAGAAAAAAGAAAAACAAAAAACACAAAAUUUCAGAAUUCUUACUACAACUCUGUCUAAAAGGGGGUGGGGGGGAGGGUGACGGUGUGCCUGGCUGAGGUGCCAUGGGUACUUGGUAAUCAGAAGAUCAUGGCAGAACUAUGUGUAGUUGUGACUAGAAAUAAAGCCAAUAAGAUCCUAGGAGUUGGAGGACGGUGGCUUUAAAGGCAAAAGUGGAAGCAUCCAUCCUCAUACAUACACUGGGAGGCCACUGAAGGCUUACAACAGGAGAGAGGCUGUAGGAUAUGACAUAAAGGAACAUGACUGCGUUAUGAUGUCAAAAACUGGACCGAGGGGCUGGGGAUUUAGCUCAGUGGUAGAGCGCUUACCUAGGAAGCGCAAGGCCCUGGGUUCGGUUCCCAGCUCCGAAAAAAAGAACCAAAAAAAAAAAAAAAAAAAAAAAACUGGACCGAGCCAGGGGUUGGAGAAAUGGCUUGGUGGUUAAGUGCACUCGCUUUGAAAGUAGGUGGAUCUCAGUUCAAAUCCCUGCCACCUCUUCCUCGUCCUUCUCCCCCCCUCCCCCCAUCCCCUCCCUCCAUCCUCUUCCUCCCCCUCCUCUCCCCCCUCCUCCAGGCAUGGUACUCAUGCUUGUAAUCCUAGCACAGGGCCUUGAUAGGGGAAGAUUCUAGGAGCUUGCUGGCCAAGCCAGCUUAUUCUAAACAGUGAGCUGCAAGAUUCAGGUUCAAUUAGAGACCCUAUCUUUAAAAAAAUAAUAGGAUAGAGGGGCUAGGGAGAUGGCUCAGGGGUUAAGAACACUUGCUAUUCUUGCAGAGAACCUGGGUUCAGGUCCAAGCACUCACACAGCAAGCAGCUCACAACUUCCCAUGGGCCAAGCACAUUCAAACCACCACACACAAGACACACACACUCAACACACAGUGAAAGGGGGAUGAACCUGAAGCCUCAGGGCUCAUCCUGAAUGUAAAGAGGUGAAUCUAAAAGGAGUUAGUGAUAGAGAGCAGAGACAUAUUCUUUAGUUUCCAAAGCACGUGAUGGAGGGCAUAUAAUUAGGUUUAAUUUAUAAGUAUAAACUUGAGAUUCAGAGCACAGCUCAAAGGCAUUACAUCUAGAGUGUUCAAAUGCCAUUACCAUCCUUACCACUCUUACUUUAGACCUUUGGAAAGUCAAGUUUGCCCCUGACCCAACAGGAGCCUUCUAGGUCUUGUAUCCCCC